GUCACACGUACUUAAUUUUCCGACGAGUAUUUCAUGCUUAGUGUAAUAUACAUCCAUUUAUGAAAAAUACAGGGUCUGCGUGCAAGUAUAGCACUUUAAGUGCUUGUUAUUUUCAUUCCGGAUAAAAUCUCUAUAGGUAUUCAUAUAUAACUUCGUAAAAUAAGCUGCUUAAUUUAUGUAUUGCAGCAGUUCCACCAUGCUUUGAAAAUCUGGAGUGUGUGCUUACAGAAACAAAUAGCGUAAUAGAGUCCUAGUUUCUGUUGCAGCCUGAAUCCGCGAAUCAACGCGAAAGUGUAGUUGCAAAUGUAGCGUGAUGUACGUUCGUCAUUGCAAUAACUUGUAUGUCUUAUUUCCGAUGUUGCCGAAAAUUUAUAUUAUGUGAUUGAAGUCUUAGCCCCGCAGAGAAAAUUCUAGUCUACUUUGUGUGUGAAUCAGAAUAUUACGAAUGAAAUAUCUUUUCCGCCGACAAUAGAUUAAUUAUUCAUCAUAUGAGUUCCCAUGACUCAUUACGUGAGUUGUUGCCAACAUCAGCGCGCAACACAACAGCAGGUGACACCGAACUUAGAAGUGCAGUAAUGGACUACAAUAAACCUGUUAGGAUUGGAAAAGAGGGAACAAAUGAAGUAUGUACUGAUCCAGACUUUGUGGAGGGGGCCCCAAAAAGACGUGCAGCAGAGAGUAUAUGGUCGAUUAAGAGUGCCAGUGAAGCUGGUGAUGUUUUAUUAGAAGAAAAAUACCUCCAAGGAAUGAGUGGUGAUAAAUUGCACAUUUCUGCAGGUAAAUCAGCAGAUUUUGGCGAAAGUGCAAAUGCAACACAAGUAUUUUGCUCUCUUGCGGACAAUGCAUUGCACACUAGAGAUAACUACAGCUUAAAGGAAAAUGAACUACAAAACUUUAAGUGUGAUUCUUGCAAAGAGUGCUUUUCAUCAAAAUACAAGCUAAUAAUGCAUGUGUUCAUUCACAUUGAUGGUGUAGAGCCACCUAGAUACAUAUGUCCAGGCUGUGGUGAGGUGUUUCGCAACAGUGGUAGCUUGAGGAAGCAUUUUAUGAUGCAACGAGGAAUUAGUCAAGCAGAAUAUGAACCUAGCAAAAUCUCCAAUAAAUAUCAUAGGCUAGAGUCCUAUGAACUACAAAAUUUUAAGUGUGAUUCUUGCAAAGAGUGCUUUUCAUCAAAAUACAAGUUAAUAAUGCAUGUGUUCAUUCACAUCGAUGGUGUAGAGCCACCUAGACACAUAUGUCCAGGCUGUGGUGAGGUGUUUCGCAACAGUGGUAGCUUGAGGAAGCAUUUUAUGAUGCAACGAGGAAUUAGUCAAGCAGAAUAUGAACCUAGCAAAAUCUCCAAUAAAUAUCAUAGGCUAGAGUCCUAUGAACUACAAAACUUUAAGUGUGAUUCUUGCAAAGAGUGCUUUUCAUCAAAAUACAAGCUAAUAAUGCAUGUGUUCAUUCACAUCGAUGGUGUAGAGCCACCUAGACACAUAUGUCCAGGCUGUGGUGAGGUGUUUCGCAACAGUGGUAGCUUGAGGAAGCAUUCUAUGAUGCAACGAAGAAUUAGUCAAGCAGAAUAUGAACCUAGCAAAAUCUCCAAUAAAUAUCAUAGGCUACAGUCCUAUGAACAAAUGUAUACUGGUGAUAGAUCAGCCGUUCGUUUGAAACGUACUGCACAGCCAGGUCGACGGAAGAAACAGACCUUAUUACAGUCUGGAGAGAGAAAACACCUAUGUGAUGUUUGUGGGACGGCUUUCAUAACGUCUAGUGGGCUGAAAAGGCACACAUUGGUACACACUGGCAAGAAGCCGUACAAGUGUGGCACUUGUGGGAAAUCGUUUUCUCUCUCUCACCAUUUGAAGAAACAUGUACUAACACAUACUGGCGAGAGACCACACAAAUGCGAUAUUUGUGGAAAAUCAUUUAGGUCGUCCAGUGAUCGCAAUCGCCAUUCAUUAACACAUAGUUGGGAGAGCCCAUACAAAUGUCAUAUUUGUGGUCAAGUCUCUACUAUUUCUGAUACUCUAAAGGAAAAUGAAUUGUUACAUAGUGAUGAGAAGGUAUACAAAUGCGAAGAUUGUAGAUCACAAAAGUAUCAUAUUUUCAAUCCCUCUCACUGUGGCCCUUUGAAAAGGCAGGAGUUCGGCGGUAGUGGCAAAAAACAACACCAGUGUGCUCUUUGUGAUAAAUCAUUUGCUUGCUAUAGUAGUUUCAAAAGACACGUAAUAAUUCAUACUGGCGAGAGGCCACAUAAAUGUAAUAUAUGUGGCAAAUCCUACGGGACACCGACUGGUCUGAAGCAGCAUGUUUCAAUACAUUCUGACGAGAGGGUGUACAGAUGCGAUAUUUGUGGGAAAUCCUUUGUCUCCUCUAUUUAUCUCAAGAAGCAUUCAUUAUUACAUACUAGUCCGAAGGUAUACAAAUGCAAUGUUUGUCGAAAAUCAUUUAUGACUUCUAGUGAUCUCCACAGGCAUCGCUUAGUACACACUGUCAAGAAGCCACACAAAUGUCAAAUUUGUGGGAAAUGUUUUUCUCAGCCUGUUCAAGUGAAAAGGCACGAAUUAACACACACUGGGGAAAGGCCUCACAUAUGCCACGUUUGUGGGAAAACCUUUAGAAUGUCUAGUGAUCUCAAUCAACACUCAUUGAUACAUACUGGCAUGUUGCCACACAUGUGUGAUGUUUGUGGGAAAUCCUUUAGAACAGCUAGAGAUUUGAAGCUACACAUUUUUAUACAUACUGGCGAAAGUCCACAUAAAUGUGAUAUAUGUGGAAAAUCCUUCAGGACGCCUAGUGUUCUAAAGAAGCAUGUCUUCAUACAUACUGGCGAAAGGGCAUACAAAUGCGACAAGUGUGGGAAACGCUUUAGGAUGUCUAGUGAUCUCAGGCGGCACGCAUUAACACAUCCUGGUGUGAGGCCACACAGAUGUGAUCUUUGUGGGAAAUCCUUUACUAGAUCUAAUGAUCUAAAGGUGCACACGUUAAUACAUAGUGAUGACAGGCCUUUCAACUGUGAUGUUUGUGGGAAGUCUUUUCGCAGAUCUAGCUAUCUGAAGAAGCAUGCAUCCACACAUACUGCAAAGAGGCCAGAAUAAUGCUAUGUUUUUGGAGAAAAGAAUUACUUAUUGUCAUCUCAAGAAAUCCUGAACGAAUAUCUCACAAACAUUCAGUUCACUGCAGAGUCUGGGCUGGUUCAGAUAAUGUCAAGUAGGAUGAAAUAGUAUGUAUUAGGACAGCCAAAGCAUGAAUUGAUGUUCCAUUUGUAGAAAUCUCAAAGUCAGGUCAGUAGUUCAUAAGGGAGACAGAUUUUAGUAAAGCUUGCCAUUGUAACUCAUUUACUAGACAUCAAGUAAAAAUGAACAGUAAUGAAAACUUCAUAAAUCCGUAUUGUUGAAUGUGAAACAAAAACAGUUUCUUAAUAAAUAAUAUGAGUUGAUACAUAAAGUUAUUACAAGUGUAACUGUGAAGUAGAAAUUAGAGAAAUCCAUCCACUUUCAAAUAUCUCUUUGGUUAAGAAUUUACUGGUUACUAGAAUUACAAUUUUUCAUAGAGAGAUGGGGUUAUCAGGUUUUCAUUGCUAUCAUUGAUACAUUGUAGUGACAGACUUCUUUCCAGUAACACAUGUCUCAUAUUACUCAAUUAUUUGUGCCAACACAACAAAAGAUCUAGGCCUUAAUGUCUCUGUUUUUUAAAAUUUU